AAGGCUGAAUCAAACUUUGGUGGGUUUUCUCCAGGCGUGUCAUUACAACUAUAUACACUUUUAUUCCGAAUGACCCGAGUGUCCGGCUUUGCCUAAUAUGGCGACCAGGUGGCAUAACAACAGUAUAUGAUGGGCGAAAUGUCCCUGUCGAGACGAUCCCAUCCAAAAAGCCGCCAAGGGUGCAAGAUUUGCAAGUCGCGGAAGGUUAAGUGCGACGAAACAAGACCAGCAUGUCGAAAUUGUGUCAAGCAUAAUGUCGAAUGCGACUUUCUCACAACUCACACGCCGAGACCAAGUCCAUCCCUGUCCAAUGGAUUUGGCGGCUUGAACAUGGCUGAUCUGGAGUUGCUGCACAACUAUUCGACCACAACAUGUAUUUCCUUUUCCGAAUCCGAUAUCAUGCGAGAGUAUUAUCGUAUCAAUGUGGUGCAGAUGGCGUUUAGGAACGAGUAUAUCAUGCGAACAUUGCUUGCGAUUUCUGCUCUGCAUAUUGCUCAUCACAGGAAACAAUCAUUCGACUAUUACGUUUCGUUGGCCAUGGCACAUCAUCAAGCGGCAUCACGGACGGCCAUGGAGCUCAUGACGAACAUCACCUCGGAGAACGCGCCGAUGCUGUUCUUGUUCUCAAACCUCACCAUGUUUUUCGGUAUGUAAGCAUGACCCCUGCGCGUUUGCAUCUAUGAUUUAUCACCUAGAAUUCUGGUAUAAAAAAAAGAAAGAGAGAAAAAGGGACCAAUCAACCAGUUGACUUACGAUUCGGGGGGGGAAUAGCCCUAGCAGCACCACGUCAAGAAUCAGAGUUCCUCCUCGUCGGGGAGAGCGGGUUUCCCGACUGGAUGUUCCUGCUCCGCGGUGUGAAGCUCUUCCACCCAUACCUAUCCGACACGAGCAAGACCACGGAGCUGGCGCCGAUGCUCCAGGACGGCGGACGCCGCUGGCUCGCACAAGCCGGCGCCACGCUGGACGCCGACUCGCCCGCCAAGAAGCGCCUGGACG